AUGAACAGUGUAUUGGACGAGCUGCUUGCCAACGUACCAGAUGAUAUGCCCCCGUUCAUGGAGUCUGUCAGCGCACUGCAUCCACUCAAGCUAGAACACCAAGCUGCCUUAUAUUACGGCAAUCAGCAGCGCAUUGGGAUUCCGAGCGCUCCAGGGAAAGUUUGGGUGCGUGCAAACCGCUCACGAUUGCGCGUUUGGCUGGCGACCAACCUCGAUCUCCAAUGGGGUAAAAUCGCAAGCAAGGUCGAGCAGGGCGCUGAAAAGGUCACCGUGACCUUCAGGGAUGGCUCCAGUGCGACGGGCGAUGUGCUCGUGGGUGCUGAUGGCAUGCAUAGUAUCGUUAGAGAGCAUGUUCUGGGAAGAAGCAACGAAGAGAUCCUCAGGAACCUUCCCAUUAGCACCAUCACCGGGGAAACCACGCUCAGUGAAGACGCUUUCUUGCGCCAGUUGGAGAACGCUCACAGCGUCUCCCUCAGCGGCAUCACUUUCGUCGACGAUAUGAGCCCUGAGGAUCGACUCGCGCUUGCUCGCAAGAUCACGGAGCACUUCGACCCGAAGCUGAAGACGCUGCUAGACAACACCAAGCCCGAAGGCGUCAACCCUGCGCCCUGGCUGCCGAAGGACGGUGUGAUAGAGGCGAUUCCCGUGUCGCGCAUCACUCUCUUCGGCGAUGCCGCGCAUCCGACAUCCCCGUUUAGGGGUGAAGGUGGCGUACACGCUUUGCGCGAUGCUGUGUACCUCGGCAAAUUCUUGGGCCAGCUGAGGACAGCGGACACGGCCAGCAUUCAUGAAGCGUUCACAGCGUACCAAGAGGAGAUGGUGCCGCGUGGCGCUUCCGUCGUUCGUGGCGCCCGGGCUCAGGUGGAUCUCUAUUAUAAGGACCUAGCUAAAGUCAGAAUGCUCGGUCAGCAAGCCGUGGGACUGCCGAAGGAGAGGAUGGAAAUGGGUACUGACGGCAUACGCAGUAUCGUGUUGGAAUGA